AUGGAAGUGAGAAAAGGAAUUGUUGCUACUAACCCCAACACGGGCGCAUUUCAAUACUACGAGGGGCUGGACAAAUGGGGUAUGCAGAACUUCAUAUUCUCAAACGAAGGUCGCCGUGACGCUGUGGUUGAAUCGGACUUCUUUCCCCAAGAACUGGGAGAGGAGCUGAUUCGAGGCUUUUUCAAAUAUAUUCAUCCUCAAGCCCCGAUUCUGGAUUACUCGGUCGUCCUGCAUGAUUGGAAGGAGAUCUCUAAGAAUCCUGAUAACUGUGUGAGUUCAGAUGGUCGGCGGAUCAUCCAGAUGGUGCUGGCUAUUGGAGCAUGCGUGCUGUGUUCUCAGAAAAACGAAGAUUCAGGAUUUCUAGAGAAAUGGUCAAAGAUUCUCUCCAAGCGGGCAGACGCUGGCGUAAAAUACUUCGAAGACCCGACUGUAGGCGGAAUUCAGGUUCUGGUACUUAAAACCCUAUAUGCUUUGCAAAUCAUGAAAGCGAAUGAAGCGUUUAUGUAUGUCGGCCAUGCUGCCCGCAGCGUCCUUGCACUGGGUCUAAACCGACAGCAAGUUGUCCACGCGGAUCCUCAAACAACCUACCAUCUCAAAAUAUUGUUCUGGUCGAUUUAUAUCUACGAGCGAAUGUCGGCCUUGAUGACGGGACGGCCUUCUUGUCUUCAGGAGAAUCAAAUUGAUAUCACUCUACCGGAAGACAUCUUGACUCAGCUGCCAUCGACAGAGGUUACUACUGACUGUGCUUGGAUCCGAGCGAUGGCAGAGUUAUCGCGCAUUGCCGACAAGAUACUCACCCUCAUAUGCUCGACUGUCACCAGCUCCGGCGAUAUUGAACAUGUCCAACACUUUAUGGAUGAGUGCAAAGCUGCCAUGGAAGCUAUGAAGGAGCGUCUGCCAGCUUCCUUGCACUUCUUCAAUCCGGAGAUGCCAAUUGGCACAAACUCACAGGAAAUCCAGCGCUCACACCUCGGCUUCACCUACUAUCUGAUCUCAAUGGUACUGUAUCGCCCGAGUCUUGUGUACUCUAGUCUCUUUGAAUCUCCAUCAAAGGCACAAGAGAGUACCGCUCAUGCAUUGGAUAUCUUAAGUUCAAUCGACAUUGCAAUGCAGUCAGCGCGGAAUUUGAUUCAGCUUGCUUAUACCGUCUAUUUCCAUCGCUUUCCAGACAUCAAGCAGGAUCGGAUUAUUGUCACGUACUUGGUCUACGCGUGUGCGACCUUGCUAUACGACGUUUUGGUACCCGGCUCUGAUAUCGGAUAUGCCCGUGACGCGUUCGGAAGCGUCGACGAUGCCAUUCAAUGUCUGGAACAAGUCGUCAACAUCGGAACAACAACGGGGAAAAACGUGAGUCUGGAGAUCAUGAAAGUAGCCAAAGAGGCCUGGACGGCGGCCGGAUAUAAUCUUGAUUCCCACGUGGAUUUUAUCGAGGAUUUCCCAUGGCUUGUUGACGAUAUAACCGACGAACUUCCGCCCGCUGAUAAUGAUGGGUUCAACUCAGCAUUCUUCGCUCUGCACGAAUCUUUGGACUUUAUGACCGUAUCCCCUCAUUUCCCCGAUUUACCACCGGUGCCGAGCUUUGAGGCCGAUGCUCCACUUACACUCGGUGAACAUAUCUCCCAUCGCACUAAACCGUGA